CAAAGAGGGUGGGAGCGCGUGCUGCUGGGAGUUGUCUGCAGGCCAGCGGCGCGGGGCUGGACGCCCUCGGGCAGAGCAGUCAUGUCGCACAAACAGAUUUACUAUUCGGACAAAUACGACGACGAGGAGUUCGAGUACCGACAUGUCAUGUUGCCCAAGGACAUAGCCAAGCUGGUCCCUAAAACCCAUUUGAUGUCUGAAUCUGAAUGGAGAAAUCUUGGUGUUCAGCAGAGUCAGGGAUGGGUCCAUUAUAUGAUCCAUGAACCAGAGCCUCACAUCUUACUGUUCCGGAGGCCACUACCCAAGAAGCCAAAGAAAUGAAGCUGGCAAGCCACCUUUCAGCCGCAAGCUUUACACAGCUGUCCUUGCUUCCUACCGUCUCUGAUGGCGUGAUAUCUCGUUUUCUUAUUUCUCACUUUGAUAUUUAAAGGAUGUUCAAUACACUGAAGUGCUGGGACCUGCUCUACUUCUUGAGUUGAGCCACCAAUGCCACAACCCUGUCAGAUGAGUGACUUCAAAGUCCUAGAGCGCUCUAUCCAGCGGGCCAUAUUUGCCGUCUCUUGAAAGCAUGUGAAAUCAGAUCAUGGCUGUUACAGAGACCGUGUAAAUUUGCUGUUGUGGUUUUUAUUAUUGGGUGCUGUAUUUAUGGUGACUUAUCGGCUUAUAUUUCAGUGUGUUGGAAACUCUACAUUUUAUCUGACAAAUCUCUUCCAUGUUAUAAGCCUCUAUUAAAGGAAGUUUUUAUAAUUUAGAGCUGUGGUUAUAAGAUUGUCCUGUCCCCAUGUCAGUGUGUGCCCCCUCCAUUCCCUCUGAGCCAUCUGCCCUCCUGCAGCCAAGGUGAUACUAUGAAAUCAUUCUGGUUCUGUGCCUUUUGGGUGGGUGGUGAAAACAUGGCUCUUUGCAAUAGGAGCUUUACAUGGAUAUUGUAAUAACUAAUUUGUAAUCUAUUUUAAUUGGACUUACUGUGAAAACAUUUGUUGAGGGACUGGAGAGAUGGCUCAGCAGUUAAGAGCACUGGCUGCUCUUCCAAGGGACCCAGGUUCAAGUCCCAACACCCACAUGACAGCUCACAACUGUCUUUUACUCCAGUU